ACCCUAUCCUCAUCUCCCCCCUUUUUCUCCUCGUUCUGGCGCCUUAAGCCCGAAUCUCCUGGCCUGUUAUAUUUACGCCCCAAUCUUUUCUCUCUCCCGCCCUCCCCUUGAACAUUCCACAAAAAGCUUGAACAUCCUGCUUUUUAUCUCCUCCUCCCCGCUCCGGUUUGCCUCGUUUCUUCCCUUUUCAGCCACCAAAAGACGCUUUUGCCCUUGCCGCUUCUCCGUUGCUCCCCUAUAUCCCGGUCGCCAACCGUCCGAGAUUCUUCGCGCCUACUCACCUGUGGAACCCUAAGUCCUGCUCUGACGAUGAUUCCAGUUCGGUGAGUUCGCCUGGGAGCGAUGGAACUCAUUGAGGAAGGUGUGGGGGAGAGUUCGUCGCCGCCGCGGUGGCUUGCCGGUCAGGACCCAUCUUACGAUAUCAAGAACGAAAUCUAUACGAGGCUUGUGGAGUGCCAGAACCCGGAGGCGAUCGCCAAUCCGAACCUGAGGGAUCUGCUUGAUGCUCACUUCAGCCGGUUGCCAACGAGUUAUAGUGUUGAUAUUAAUGUUGAUAGAGCGGAAGAUGUUCUGUUGCACUGGAAAUUGCUUUCAGAUGCGAAGGACCCUAGAAAACGGCCCGCUUUUAAUGUUCGUUUCAUGAAGCUUGAAGAGUUGAAUUUGGAUGCGGGAAAAACCAUCGAAGACAAGGAAGAUGGAAGAUCCUCCAAUGAUGCCCUUUCUGCAAGGGAUGAUGGGCGAUAUACUCCUAUCCAUGAGAUAAUAUUUUCCACAGUUGACAAGCCAAAGCUGCUUAGUCGGUUGUCUGCUUUGCUAUCUGAUCUUGGCCUAAACAUCCGUGAAGCUCAUGUUUUCUCAACAACUGAUGGCUAUUCAUUAGAUGUAUUUGUUGUUGACGGAUGGCCUGAUGAAGAAACUGACGGUCUGCAAGAGAGGCUUAAGACAGCAAUUUUAAACUUUGAGGGUUCAUCAGUAAAUGCUAUUCAAUAUAGUGAUUGGGAAAUAGAUAGAAGUUUGUUGAAGAUUGGAGACAAGAUUGGAUCCGGAUCUUCUGGUGAUUUAUAUCGUGGGAGUUACCUUGAUCAGGAUGUUGCCAUAAAGGUUUUACGAUCCGAGCAUCUGAAUGAGACCAUGAGAGUUGAAUUUGCACAAGAAUUAAUGAUACUAAGGGAAGUUCAGCACAAAAAUGUUGUGCGUUUUGUCGGUGCAUGCUCAAAUCCGCCACACUUUUGCAUUAUUACUGAGUAUAUGCAUGGUGGAAGCCUUUAUGACUAUAUGCACAAGCAGAAGAACAUCCUGGAGCUCUCAUUGUUGUUGAAGUUUGCCCUUGAUGUAUGCAAUGGGAUGAACUACUUGCACCAAAAGAACAUCAUCCACAGGGAUCUGAAGACAGCUAACCUGCUAAUGGACAACAACCAGGUUGUCAAAGUGGCAGACUUUGGUGUUGCUCGUUUUCAAAACCAAGGUGGAGUCAUGACUGCAGAAACAGGAACGUACAGAUGGAUGGCACCUGAGGUAAUCAAUCAUCAGCCCUAUGACCAGAAAGUGGAUAUCUUCAGCUUUGCCAUUGUACUAUGGGAGCUAGCCACCUCAAAGAUCCCUUAUAAUACCAUGACACCAUUGCAGGCUGCUUUAGGUGUGAGACAGGGCAUGCGUCCAGAGCUUCCAGAAAAUAUGCAUCCAACCUUGUUGGACCUGAUGCAAAGAUGUUGGGAGACUCUUCCCGCUAAAAGACCAUCCUUUUCUGAGAUCAUCGCUGAGCUCGAGGAACUCUUGCAACAGAGUCAGCCAAGUGGAGAAACUAGCAAACAAGAAAAGGAUGUUUCAGAGCAAUCCUGACUUGCUUCCACAACAAAAGCUGCCGAGUCUGCACAUAUUAGAGGCUUCCAUUUUCCCAUAUGGCAUCUUUUUUUUUUUUUCCUUCGUUUUGAAAUGAAGGUUCGACUUCUACCACUUGCAGUCUCUGUGAAUUUUGCCAUGAAAAAGUAAAUGGUGAAAUCCUCGGAGGCCAUUUGUUUGCUGACGCAGUUCUGAUGAUGGACCACAGUUUCAAUGUGAUUCGUGUUGAUCUUAGCCGAACGUAUUUCGCUUUUUUGACGGUUGUGAUGAGGCCCAGCGGGUCGUCUAAUCUUCGUAUUUUUUUUCUUUCUUUUAUUUAUUUUUUUCUUUCUGCAGAAGAACCCUUCACCGCUCAUAUAGACGAAUAGACUAUUAUUUGUGGCGGUUGUAGUUGUCAAUAAAAAUAUUGAAAAAAAUACUGUGGGAAUUUUUUUUUUUAAAGUUA